AUGGUAAUUUUAUCACCCUAUAACUCAGGUACGGAACUCCGUGUGGUACGGAAAGGCGAUCUGGCCGGUCUCCCAAUACUGACAACCUUGUAUCUCUUCAACAACAAACUACAAACCAUCGAGGUCGGCGCCUUUGACGAUGUUCCAGCGAUUGUGGACAUCGAGAUCGGCAGCAACCAAAUAUCCGACCUCCCCCCGGGUGUCUUCAGGGGCUGUGGGCAGCUACAGAGUGUGGUGGCAGAUGGAAACAAGCUGACUAAAAUACAGAAGGGGGUUUUCAAAGACCUGCCAAACUUACAGGAGGUACUGUUCAGCUACAAUCAGAUCGAGACAAUAGAAGUGGGAGCUUUCUCCAACCUGUCCAACUCCAUCGUCUUCAGCUUGGAAAACAACCACAUCCGGGACAUCAGGAAAGGCGUGUUCGAUGCUCCGAUAGGGGCCAGGGAAAUCCAGUUACAGAACAACAACAUUUCUGUCAUUGAGCCCGGGGCACUUUCGGCAUUUAGUAAAAUAAACGCGCUUGUUCUUGACAACAACAAUCUGUCAAGCCUAGCGGGAGUGUUCCAAGGUUUAGGCAAUAUAUUUACCAACAGUAUCAGUUUGAAGAGCAACCAGAUAGUGGCACUGGACGAUAACACGUUCGGAGGACUUGACAAGCUCCUUGUGUUGGAUCUUUCUGACAAUCAACUUCGCACCAUCACGGGACAGGUGUUUGCUAGCCUCUCGAGUCUGAUGUUUCUUAACCUACACAACAACAAGCUUGUGAAAAUAAACUUCACUCUACCGCACGGGACACUCCAGCUCGACCUGUCCGCUAAUCAGUUAGUAGCUCUUGAGGAAAACACGUUCGAAGGACUCCAUGGCCUUAAUAAUCUAGACCUUUCUAAUAACCAGCUUCGCGCCAUCACAGGACAGGUGUUUGCUAACCUCUCUAGUUUGAACUUUCUUGACCUGCACAACAACAAGCUUGUCCGCAUGGACUCGCCGCUACCUAACGGGAUAGGGCAAGUCAUGCUGUCCUCUAACCUACUUUCCCAAGUACCGCCGCUACCAGGUUCACUUGGUACGCUAGAUCUGUCGUACAACCCACUGGAGUCCCUCGUACAGGGCCAGUUCUCCCAUAUCCCCAGCAUCACUACCCUCGGUCUCUCUGGUAUAAAGUAUUUCAUAGAGAAAGGCACCAUUGACGCGGGCGUGUUCGCCGGACUCGGCAGGCUGGGGACUUUGAACCUCGCCGAUAACAGGCUCACUCGGGUUCCUUCAGAAGCGCUCGGAAAAAUCAGACUACUGGAAACGCUCAACUUAUCAGGAAACGAGAUCUCAACUCUCAACCGCGACGAUUUCGCCAACAUGUUGAACAUCACAAGACUCAACCUUAGUGGGAACAAUCUGACGUCAGUGCCAGAGGGGGUCUUCGACAGGCUGACACGGAUGUACGAACUGGACCUCUCAGGCAACCCCAUUGUCUACGUGGGCCCCAAGGCCUUCAACAAGGAGCUUGCUGCUGUUCAUUUGGAUCAUACAAAACUCCGCAUUAUAGAUGAAACUGCCUUCAAUGUGUCAGUUGACAUAAAGUGGCUGCGACUGAACAACAACUACCUACAGUUCCUGCCUGGUGGAAUCUACAAACCUCUGACCUUCUACGGAGAUUUGAUGGAACUUGAAGACAUGACCAACAACCCUUGGAAGUGUGACUGUCAGAUGUAUGAGUACGCGCAAUAUGCAAGAUCACCUGCGUCAAGGAGAGUGCAAGCCGAUGGUCCGGUCGUGGCGUCCCUGGCCGCGGUGGUCGGGCCGUGA